AUGGCCCAGCUCUCUUUCUUCAAGCCUCAAGCUCUCAUGCACCCUCUCCCAGGCCUCCUCGGGGGCCCCGGGGCCAGGCAGGGCUCCGGCAGUCCUGGGGGGGCCCUGUGCCUGCUCCCCUGCGGCCCCGGCCCGAGUCAGCUCCUGGACAGCGUCCUCGGGCUGGGAGCGCUGAGCCUGACCACGUGGGCCAUCCUGUCCACCGCCGGCGUGGCCUUGCUGCUGCUGCUUCUUCUGGUCAGCUUCCUGGCUUUUGACCUGUUCCACAGGCCGGAAGGUCCUGCCCGGCCUCUGCAGCCCCUUGUCACGGGGGGCCAGAGUCAGGGGGCCGGCGAGGGCCCGGGACAGCAGCAGACGCUCCUCCUGCCCACCCUGGCCAUCCCCCAGCACAUCCGCCCCCAGGACGCGCUGCUCCUGCUGCUGCUGGGGCUCGGGCUGCUCCUGGGGGCCCAGGGCAUGCCGCUGGCCCUGCUCGGCCUGGCCUUCUGUCUCCACCCCUGGGCCUGA